UGAAUAUUGAUAAGCAGACAUUAAUUUAUAUACUGGAUUAAAUGCUUCAAUUACAUUGUAGUGAACAAAUAAUACAAUAGUUCAAUGGGUUCACUACAAAAUAACAGGUAUGUUUAAUUUACCAAUUAGUCUGUUUUUCACAACUAUUGUAAUUCAAUUUGGACAACACUAUUCAUUUUUAUCAAGGAGAAUUGAAAUUUGGUUUGAAUAUAUUUCAUACAUCCAGAUAAACAGUUGAGUACAAAUGAAUCAUCUUUUCGAAAGAAGAGACCUCAGAUAACAUAAACUCUGUUAAGAGAUGAAAUGUUUUGGAAAUUAAAUCGGAAGAGAAGAACCAUCAGUUGCACAAAUGCUUCAAAGUACUUCCCAUUAACAGAUCCAGUUUUGUGUUAAUUACAAAGUAUCGAAUCAAGCAUUUUGUCAAUUCCAUUUCCUCAUGAAGCGUGUUAGGCGUCUAGUUGUACUGGCAGUUCAACUUGCAGUCAUAGUAUGUACAAGUUAUCAACUGACAAAAUUACUAUUUCAAUUCAAAUGGGAGGAACAAUUCGGCUUAUCACGAAAUGAUGAUGGUUCCUCCUUCAAUGAAUUACCACAUGAAACGUAUUCAGGUUCAGUAGGUAAUUUAAAUCAGACCUAUUAUACUGCAUCACAAAUGAAGAAGUAUGAAAAUAAAAUUACACUCGGAUUUACUGAGAAAGAUCUUGAAGAAUUAUAUGAAAGGAAUUCUACUCCAGCUGCCGUGAGUUUCUUAGAAUGACUCUUCUACUAGAUUUUGAUAGUAAUUGCUUCAGUUGACAGAACUUCUCAUUUUGUUCUAUACAUUGUAUCAUAAUCACUCUGACCCUAUUUUUACUUAAUAAUAAGAAUGAAUUACUC